AUGAGAAACCGAUUUGCGCUCACCCGCCCAAUUGAAAUCGGAAACAAAACCAUUGAAAAUGUCGAUGAAUAUAUUUAUCUUGGCCGACAAUUAAAUCCUCAAAACGAACUCCUGCCGGAAAUCCACCGAAGAAGAAGAGCUGGCUGGGCUGCUUUCAAAUCCAUCGAAAAAGCAACCGACGCCAUCACUUGCCAAAAAACCAAAGCAAACUUAUUCGAUCAAACGGUUCUACCCGCCCUUUGCUAUGGUUCAGAGGCAUGGACCCUCACAAAAAAGAAUUCAGAAGCUCUUCGAGUCUCCCACGCGGCAUUGGAAAGAAGAUUAGUUGGCAUAACACUCAGCGAACAACGCGAAAGAAAUCUCCACCGCGAAGACAUCCGGAAGCUAUCACAAGUCAAGGAUCCACUUCGACACAUCCGCCAACAAAAAACCCGCUGGGCCGGACACAUGGCAAGGAGAAACGACAACCGUUGGUCAACGGCAACAUUGGAUUGGUAUCCACGAGAUUGGAAAAGACCAGUUGGACGCCCUCCAUUGAGAUGGUCAGAUGAACUAAGGAAAAACCACUGUAUAUAUGACAACAACAACAAAUUGGUCGAAUAUUGGACAACUCGUGCCAAAGACCGUGAUAAAUGGAGAACUGUGGUCCGCGCAAUAUGCUGA